UGCAGUCUUAUCUUUCAGAUCUUAGCCUCUUUCUGGCAUUUGAAAGUAAUAAAAUCUACAUUUUGGUGGACAACCGACCAUGGCUGGUGGAUCUAGAUUCACGGCCAACACACCUGUGGCAACUGAUGGUUACCAAGUCCAGGCUAUCUCCUUUUGCAAACACUAAAUCACGGAGGCAGAGGGAGGAGGGAAAGGACAGUUGUUCCACACCUGGUGUUAGUAAAUCAGAAAAGUUUAAGAGGUGGUUUUCUUUAAUUGAUGCUGCAACUUUGUCUCGAAAGCGGGCUUUGCUACCUGUUAAGACGCUUAGAAGCCAUUUGCUUUUAAGCAGUGAGUUACAUAGGACCUUGUAUGGUUUUAUUGUAUUUGAAGUUUCAUGGACUGAUGUUAGAGGAAUUAACUAUUUAAAUGAACUUCAGACUGAUACCUCUUUGGCCAUAGAAGCUAAAUUUAUGCGAAGAUGGGAAUUUGAUAGCAUAGCCCAAGCUGUAAGCUGUAUAUCUUCGUGGUUCUCAGGAAAACACCAUGAACUGCUGCAAUUGAGAGACUAUCUAGAAUCCACCAUAGGAGAGAUCUUCUAUGAUGCUGAAGAAGAAUUCUCGAGGGCUACCCCAAAAGGUGAUGAUGAAAACAUUUGCCGUAAUAACCAGUGUGGUGAAAAUACUUCUCUCCAGUGCAUUGCUAGCAGGUUUAGUGCAUACGCUGGGACUACAGAAAGUAGAACAAAUGCGCCACACACUCCUCCCCAAACUGGACCUUUUAAGAGAAGAAAAGUAAUGAAGUGCAAUGGUGAUGGAUUUGAAAUUGAAGACUUGUUAUGCAACUCUGGGACUUGUAUUGAUUCUGAUAUUGCAGCCAAAGCUACCGAGUACCGUGAUGUUCUGAUUUUAUUUAGGUUCAAUGACUGUGACCUCCCAUUUAAAUUAAGGAAAAUCAUAAUGUCUGAUCUCCGUUUACUUACUCUACUAGAGGCUGGACUUCCAUCUUGGGUAAUAUUCCUCCAAUCAUAUCCAGGAUUUUGCCAUCUCUAUCGCCCCUGGAUGUGCCCUCUUGUUCGAGCUUUAUAUGUGCUGAUCUCAGUUGUCACUGUUCUAAUAGGUUUUUAUGAUUUAUACAAAAAUGUCCCUGUUCUGAAAGCUACUGCUUCGCGUUUGUGUGGCCCUCUUUUGGAUUGGAUAGAAACUUGGGAGAUGGUAUCAAGAAUUAAAUACUUAGGGACAAUGCUAUUUUUGCACAACUUUCAGAAGGCUGUUCAAUGGUUUUUGGCAAUUACACGUACCAUUCGGUCUUUUUUUUCAGUUGUUACAUUACCAAUGGCGGAACCUCUUAUGGAGGUUUUAAGCUUCCUUCUCCCAGUGUGGAAUACACUUGUUCAAGUGGUGGAGAGUUCUUGUUCGGUUCUUUGGGUUUUAAUAGGCUCUUCUUGCAGUCUAAUUGGGGACCUGAUGGAGAUUGUAUUGUUGCCUAUUUGGUUAAUCAUCUCAUUCAUUUGGAAACUCGCAAAUUCUGUUCUAUAUCCAAUAUUUUGGAUGCUUUGGGAAAUACUCUAUGCCCCGAUUCGCCUGGUCCUUGCACUAGCUAGUUUUGUGGCUUUCAUUUUUGCCGGCAUAUCUGAAUUGCUUGGAAAUAUAUGGGGGGCUGUAAGUAGCAUAUUCCAGUUUGCUUCAGCUUCGGAGGCAACGGUGAACGCAUAUGAAGUUUCCAUGUGGCGUUCACUUUGGAAUGACCUAUUCUCCCAGGUUUUUCGUGCUGUCAGAAGCAUAUUAAAUGGUUUUGUUGCAUUCUUCAUGGCCUGCAAUAGACAUCGUCUCAGGAAUCAUUCUGUGGUUUUUUAUCUUCCGCAAGGGAUACUGUUUUCUUAAAGUUUACAGUUCU